AUGAGAAUUUGGAACCAGUUUCCUUAGGAAAAUAACUAAAAAGUACAAAUGCAAAACAUGAUUAAAAUAGCUUUGAUUUAAAUCAAUUCAUCCUCAUCAGACCUAGAGAUAAACAGUUUGACUUCAGCCUCCCAGAGCUAUCUGACCAGCAUUACGUUCACUUUGAAAUGUAAAAGUAAUUAGAUAACAAGGGCAUAUGGCUGCUCUCCCCUAUUCAUUUUCCCCUAAUAAAUAAGACUUGGCAGUUGCCAUAAGUGUGGCUGGAUAACACAGAAGGCCCUGCACAAAGCCCGUGAUUGUGUUCCAAUUGAAUACCUUCAGCUGACUCACAAGGGGAGGCAGGAAGAGCAUCUUUAUGCCAAUGACAGUAUCUCUCCACAGUACGUUUUUUCCCCCAUUUACUGGAUCUAAAGUUUCAGCCUCCACGUGGGUUUCUCUGAGCUGAGAGGCUGGAGUAGGGAGUCUAUUUGGCUGUGAUGGACACAUUCUUCAUUUCCAGCUGCAUUCAGAGGGUUCUGAUCAUGCACAAUCUGUACAUUAUCAGGAGACGGAGCCGCAGGAGCAAGGGCUGCGUCUAGACUGGAAGGAUGGAGGCGGAAAGGAGCAGUCCUGGCAACGCCACCUCUGCAGAGAGAAGACCCCUGGCAAAAUCUAAAACUCCUUCCAGGAUACUUUGGGUCAUCUUGUCUGUAAUCUUGUUUUUCGCCAUUGUUGGCAUCAGUGUGGUGGUAAUUUUCAGCUUUACCCAUAGGACUACCAAGCCUGUUUUGCAGAUUGUGCGGCUAACGUUUCAGAAUCACCAGGGCUCCCAGACGAAUCAGUCGGCCUUUGUUGACAAGUCCAAGAAUACUGUUACUUAUCAUGUAACUUCGCCAACGAACCACACAACGGUGGUCUUGUUCGACAGCAAGAAUGGCUAUGUCUGCUAUAAACCCGCAGAUCAAAAUGCAUGUUACCUGCGGAAGAUGGACGAUUGGGAUCUUGAGAACGUGCAGAUAUCUUUCAAUCUAUCUGAGCACAGGGUCAAUCAGCUGCUGCUUCAGAAUAAUCAAACCAAGUACUACCGAGAGUUCCUGGGGAUUCUGCCGGGAAGACAAGCAAAUGCCGGAAGCUUGGGGGAAGCCAUCCAAGCCCUGUGCGAGCAGACUUCCAUCUACUGGGUCAGGAAAGGGGAUGGCCCUGGGAAGAAGCGACUCAUUUACCUCUGCAUUGACAUCUGUUUUCCAAGCAACGUUUGCUUGUCUGUCUGCUUUUAUUACCUUCCUGAUUAAGCCCUGCUCCAAGGGGACUGAUCUCUCCCCCCCACCCCCCAUUUCGCUUUGUACUUGAAUUUAAAUCCUGAAAAGCCUCUGAC